AGGCACCAGAGCUACAAGAUGGCGCAAGCAAUUUUUGAAGUACUUGAAGGCAUGGACAACCAGACAGUGUUGGCAGUUCAGUCUCUGCUGGAUGGCCAGUCCGGAGUUCCUGACCCAAACAACCAAAGUGUCUCUGCAGCUCCCACUAUCCAGUCAAUGGAUGAUGAAGAUGUGUUCCUGUGUGGAAAGUGUAAAAAACAGUUCAAUUCUCUGCCAGCCUUCAUGACACAUAAGAGGGAGCAGUGUCAGUCUGGAGCCCCCUCCCUGUCCACAGUGUCUCUGGCCUCCACCAACGCCUACGCACCAGUCCCUCCCAUCAACUCUGUACCACAAACUCCUGCUAACAGACAAGUAUCCACCUACAUUGCAGUACCUCCGUCCCCUCUGACACACACUCUGGUCCAAGGCAAUGUGCUGGUCAGCGACGACGUUCUCAUGUCGGCCAUCUCAGCCUUCACCUCCAUCGACCAGCCGAUGGCCACCAUGCAGGCACCUGUACAGAGUAAUCUGAGCAUGCACACAGCUGGAGUGUCUUAUCUUCAGCACCAUCACCACCACCACCAUCAUCAUCAACAGCAGCAUCAGCCGCAGCCCUCCCACCCUCUUCCCUCCAGCCAGACUCCAACCCACCUGCCAGCUGGGCAGCCCACCCAGCAGCCGCUCUCCUCCCAGGUCCCCGUGAGCCACAGCAACUCAGUGGUACAGGUUUACAGCGCGAUGCCCCACAUGGCAGGGGCUGGUGGUGGCGCUGCAGAGAUCCACACCGCCUUAGGGCUGCAGGCGUUCCAUCAUCCAGUUCAAGCGCCCGCUCCGUGUGUGGAGAGCCAGUCGUUCAGCAGCUCUCCAGUCUACAGUCCUGGGAAGCAGAGCGCCAAAGCAAAGACCUGCAACUCCAGCAGCAACAUGACGGAGCUGAGCGACUUCGAGAAGGUCAUCAUUCCCAAACAACCGAGGAGCAACAAAAAAAGCACAAAUGGCGCCGCAGAGCACCUGAAGGGGAAAGGCCCGAAGCUGAAGUGCAAUUUCUGUGACAAGAUCUUUUCAAAAAACUUUGAUCUUCAGCAGCACAUUAGGAGUCACACGGGAGAGAAACCGUUUCAGUGUAUUGUCUGUGGACGAGCCUUCGCUCAGAAGUCCAACGUGAAGAAACACAUGCAGACCCACAAGGUGUGGCCUAUGAGCGUGGCCAGCACCGUGUCCCGACUGCCCAUCGCAGUGAAGGUGGUACCGGUGUCGACACGUGAAGAGAAACGAGUCGAGGAGCAGCAGAAACGAGCCGAAAGGGACGAGGACGGCUCGCAGCGGCACCUCAGUCAGCAAACACAAGCAGAACAGGAGUCAGCACAAACAGAGCCACCAGAGGAGCUGGAGGACAGUGGGAGCGAGGCUCAGGCUGAUUCAGCGGUCAACCACGGGGACGAUGUGCAGAGCGGUCAUCCUCGAGUCCAAAUGCAGGCGCUGUCCAACCAGAACCAGCAGAGCCACACUCAGACCCAGCAGCUCAUGGUGGUAGACAGCUCCUAUCAGUGCCAGUUUUGCGCCAACAAGUUCAAGACGUACUUCCAGCUCAAGUCCCACCUGACCCAGCACAAAGGAGAGCAGGUUUAUAAGUGUGUGGUAAAGUCCUGCUCCCAGACCUUCCAGAAGCUCGAUCAGUUCCUCGAACACAUUCGAACGCACCAGGAGCAGCUGACGUACCGCUGCCACCUGUGCAGCAAAGUGUUCCCCUCCCUGUUUGAACUGGGGGUGCACCAGUACUCCCACUGCUUCUGCCCACAGCAGAGCAUGCGUAAGGAGACAGUCGUCUACAGGUGUGUGAAAUGUCAGAGCAGAUAUUCAACCCAGGAAGCUCUGGAACAUCAUCUACUGACGGCCUCACACAGCUAUCCCUGCCCACACUGUCAGAAGGUUUUUCCGUGUGAGAGAUACUUCAGGCGUCACCUUCCCACUCACGGCGUUGGAGGAAGGUUCAAGUGUCAGAUCUGCAAGAAGGCCUUUAAAACAGAGCACUACCUCAAACUGCACACUCGGAUUCACUCAGGUGAAAAACCAUUCAAGUGUUCCCUCUGUGAGGCAACAUUCAACAGAAAAGACAAAGUGAAGCGACACAUGCUCAUCCACGAACCAUUUAAGAAAUACAAGUGUCCCUUCAAGACGCAUGUAGGCUGUACCAAAGAGUUCAACAGACCAGACAAACUCAAAGCCCAUAUCUUGUCACAUUCUGGCAUCAAACCGUACAAGUGCUCGGUCUGUCAGAAGACGUUCAGCCGCAGGGCUCACAUGCUCGAGCACCAGCAGUCCCACACAGAUAACUACCGCUUCAGGUGCUCCACCUGCAACAAGGGCUUCACCAGGCAGAGCUACUACAGAGAUCACAAAUGUCCCGCAGCAGGAAACGGGACGGAGGCAAAGGGAGGGGCAGGGGAGGAAGAGGGAGACGAGGCGGCAGGAGAGCCGACAGCUGAGGAGCAGGAAGAAGAGCAUGAAACAUCAAAACGGCCACAGACUGCUGGAGACAAUGCAGAGGAGGGCCAACAGCAGGACGAGGAAGAGGAGGAAGAGGGGACUGAUGAAGGAUGUCGGGCUGCCAUCGCUACCAUUAAAGGGCAAAUUGAAGAAGAGGAGCAGCAGCAUGGGAGAGAGGAUGAUGAUGGUGAGGCACUGCAGAUCCAGAGUAAAGACAGAAACAGUUUACAGCAGUCUUGUUUGUAG